CGUCGGGUACGGCCAAUGGGAUCGCGGGGAGAAAUGUGUUUAUACCAGCCCCCUCUCCCGUACAAGGCGACUGUUUUUGUGCCUGUGGACGUCAUGGUUUGGGAGGUGGUGACCCCGACUGUGCAGUCCAGCGACCCCAAACAUCGGAGCGUGCGGGAGUCGGAGCCUCAGUGUGAACAGUCAGGAGUGAUGAUGGAUGCAGAUGGAGACCAAUCACAUGACCUGCUCUGCUGCAAGGAACGCCUCACCUCCUCGCCUGGCUUCCCCCGCAGCGACAGCUACAUGGAGUACGACGACCUCCCGGACCUGCAGGAGGUGCGGGAGGAGGCGGAGACAGCGGCGCCGCCUGUCUACCAGGUGGACGUGGGCGUGUCGCACCAGGAGCGGCAUGCGCACACGCACCCUCCCGACACACACUGGCUGACGCAGCUGGCUCACAUCGCCACAGGUCCCCAGAGCCCACUGCUCCAGGAGCCCCCUCACAGCAGCUACUCUUCGGUCUGCCUCUCCAGCACCAGCAGUAAUCUCCAUUCCUACGCCCGGCCUCCUCCGCCUCUCCCCAGCAGCACCUUGUCGCCCCCCAGAGGUCAUGGCAGGGAGCGUCGGCGCAGCAGGAAGAGCAGCGAGUGUGGUUCUGCAGUAUCAACCAGGUCCUCUCUGUCUGAUGAUGAAGACAUGGGCUGGAGCUUCUCCUGGCCGCCCACCGCCUGGCACUGCUUUCUCAAAGGCACUCAUCUGCGCUUCCACAGCGGCUCUAAUGUGGAGUGGCAGGACGUCGAGGACCUGGACUCUGCUGAGGAAGACUCCGGUGAUGAGGAGCAAUCCACAUCGCUGAAGGGUUAUGGCUCCGAGGGUCUGCAGCUGGUGCAGCAUUCAGAGAUUGUGUUGUCUGGUCAGGCUGUCCUGCAGCUGACCUUUGACCCCGGGGCAUUCGGGCACGCCCCCAUGACUGCUCGCUGCCAACUUGAUCACCCCUUUUACAUCAAAAGUAAAGGGUGGUCGUCAUUUUACCCGAGCUUGACCGUGGUGCGUCAUGGGAUACCGUGCUAUGAAAUGGAGGUGGGAGGUGUGUGCCUUCCUCCAGGACACAGAGAUGCCAAACACACUGACGACUCACUGGUGUUUGACACGUUCAGGAGCUAUGAUUUCACUCCUCUGGACUCCUCUGCGGUUUACGUGUUGAGCAGUAUGGCCAGACGGCGGCGGGCCUCCCAGUCCAGCGCAGAGGCCGUUUCUCCAGACAGAGACAAAUCACAAGACGACAACAGUCCCAGCCACUCCCACUCUCCUCAUCAAAAGCCAACCAAAAGCCAGCAUGCCAGCACAGCAGGAAGUAACAAUGCCACGCCCACUAAGUGCAAGCGGCCAAUGAACGCCUUCAUGCUGUUUGCCAAAAAGUUCAGGGUGGAGUACACGCAGAUGUACCCAGGCAAGGACAACAGAGCGAUCAGCGUCCUCCUCGGUGAGCGAUGGAAGAAGAUGCGAAGUGAGGAGCGGCGGGCGUUCACCGUACAGGCCAAAGCCCUCGCAGACGAACAGAAGAGGCUCAACCCAGACUGCUGGAAACGCAAACGCACCAACUCGGGUUGUCAGGGAAAUUAAGGCUGCAGACAAGAAGAGAGGACGGUCAGCACGGCCUGUAGGCGUACAAACACACACUCACACACACGCUCAGAAGUGACAAGGAAAAGGAUCUAUGUGUGUUCUAAUACUAUGCUUCAAAAUGAUAUUUGUUAACAAGAGAUUUGCGUUGAUCUCCCAAAGAGACGAUGUGAUUCAGUCUCACAAGGUCAGAAUCUCUCGAAAAACUUUCCUUUCUAUCGCUUUUAAAAGGUGCUAAAUGUAACAUUUAAAGUGGUAUAAAUCAUAAUCUGAUGAUAGUAUUUAUAACAAGUUAUAAAGCAUCACAUUGUAAUGCUGCAGAGCACCGUACCAUCUCCCUGCAGAGAGGACAUUCGAUCAUCUGGGUUUUAUGUAUGACUGGAGUUCAUCUCCACAAGUGAUUUUACAUCAAUGUGACAAUAAAAAAGAGAGAUUCUGAUCAUUUUCAGGCUCUCACCGUAUGCUUGAAACUGGUGGAAGUUGUGGUGCUGUAGCAGUUUAAGUAGAGAAUGUAGCUAUUUUCCCAAAAUUAUAUAUUAUAUAUAAAGAUAUAUUCAGUACGAAGUAUUUUAUUGCCUGUAUUACUUGGAUUUGCACGCAGUGUAUUGCACAAGACAUAUUUUAACCUUGCUUUCAUGUCAUUUAUCAUGUAAUAUUUAAUUAUUAAACAAAUGUACACCAUAAAUUCUCAGAUAGUGGCCCAGGGGUUUGAUUAGUCUUGUGCCAUUUGGACAAGUUUCUCCAAUUUAUAGCUGCUUUUUCAAUCAGACUUUUUAUUUAGACGUCUCCCUGUUUUCUAAACAUUCAGAUCAUUCCCAACACAUCAGGGGCACAAUCCCUUUAGAGUACGUGUCCAGUGAGAGUCCUUUUUCAAAAAAAGAAGUGCCGACUAUCCCCGACAGCUGCACAACAAAAUGAAAAAGACAUGUACUAGUGACGUCUCCCCUGGCCUUUAUUGAUUUUCUGGCUUUUAUCUGAGAAUUUACAGUAACUAAUAUGUAUUCUUCAGGAUAUGAGACCAUAUAAAUGAUGCCACAGACAGUUUCCAUUAAACACAGGCUGCAGGAUCACAUGAGGAUUUGAUUUGAACUUGUCAGACAUCGUCUACACUGCUGAAGUGUCCUUGAGUAAGACACUGGCUCUCCGGCAGCUGUAGGGGGCAAAUACACUCUCAGUGUAAGAAGUCAUGUAAUAUGUUAUUGCUUUUGUCUCUAACAUCUGUAUGUGCCAUAAUAUGAUGCGGUAUGUUUGUGUAAAUCAAAGAAACAUUAAUACAGGUGAGAGUUGAUGUUACUCACAGGUUGCUCGUGGCUUUCAUCAAGGGUCACAUGGAGAUAAUUAUUUUCAGUGUCAGUCAUGCCUUUUGGCCCAUCACCUUGAGGUUGGUCUUCCCCCACGGAGAUUUAAUGGCUUUAUUUUAUGUCAACAGAUCAUACAACAUAUUAUUAUUAUUUCUAGCCUCUGUCACACAGUGAGAGACUGCUGAACAUUUUGUGACCAGCAGGAUGGAAAGAGACAGAUGAGGUACACGGCAAAACUGAUAUGACUUCACUCCUCAACGCUUGGUGUGAACAGUGGAACUCGUUGGCAUAAAGUACUCAUUUGAUAUCGUCAGAAAUCAGACAAACUAUGAGGUGUUGUGUUGUUUUCUGUGUGUUCCGGAUGCUGUGUACUGAAGAAUUGAGGUCAGAAUGCAAUCAGUCUCGUCUGUUAUAAUAGCACCUUUGGCUCAGACAGUGGAGGUCUAGAGAAAUGUUUGCUCGUUGAUCCUGAUGUUGUUCAGGCUGCCUAUCAAAGAGCCCUGAUUGCUCACUGUCUGUACAGUGAGGCAGCUCGAUCCCACAUGAACUUAUCAGAAAGGUUCGUCAAAGUCUGUGAGGGUGAAGAUUGGUGUUGGACCCCAGCUUGGAAAAUGUUACUGCUCAAAAUGAAGCCUGCAGCAUCAUAGUUAUUUUCAAGCUAACCUUUUGUGUUAAAAAAAAAAAAAAAAAAAAAUUUCCAGACCCCUUUAAGA